AUGUCCCACGUCCCACCAACCCAGUCCAUUCCCAAACCAGAGGAACCUAAAGAACCACAACAGUCUCCUCAGCAACCUCAGUUCCAGCAAGUACCUCCGAAUUUCUACCAAUUUCCACCUCAAGGUUACUACCUACCACAAAGGCUUCCCGAAUACCCUCCUCUGCCUAUGCCUUACUUCCCCAACCCUUGGAUGUUCCAGCAAGCUCCACCCCAGCAAUUCCAAUCUCAAUCCAAAUCGAAGAGAGACCAAGAGUUCGAAGAAGGUCUGAACCGUUUACGCAAAGAGUAUGCCAUAGCUCCAAUUGAGAGAAAGUUGUUCCCGGACCAAAAAUAUAAUUUAU